GGGGACCUGGUCCUGGACGGCUCCAGCACGCUGACGCUGCUCACCCCCACCCUGCAGCACCUCACGCAGGUCUUCGAGCAGCACCUGGGCUCCCGCAACCAGAACCGGGGCUUCGUGGCCCUGCCCUCGCACCCCGCCGAGACCACCGCCAUCCUCCAGGCGCAGUUCCUCUUCGACGUCCUGCAGAAGACUCACUCGCUGAAGCUCAUUCAUGUUCCAAACCGUGUUUUGCAAUCUGCUGUGAAGAUCUUCCCUUUCAAGUCCCUCCGGCAUCUGGAAUUGAGGUCUGUCCCUCCACACUGCCUCCGGGGACUGCGAUUUGUCUAUUCUCAGCUGGAAUCUCUAACAUGUUGCAAAUGUAUCAGUACGCUGGAGGAAAUCAUUUCAGCAUGUGGUGGAGAUCUGAGCUGUGCUCUCCCUUGGCUGGAACUGCAGACCGUGAACUUCAGCUAUAACUCCAUCACUGCCUUGGAUGACUCACUGCAAUUACUGAAUGCUCUGAGGAUCUUGGAUUUGAGUCACAACAAGAUCCAGGAUUGUGAGCACUAUUUAAUGACCCUUACUGAACUAGAGUACCUCAAUCUGGCUUAUAACUUCCUGUCCAAGGUGCCAAACCUUGGCAUCUUCAGCCGAUCCAAGUUGGUGGCUCUGAUCCUGCGCAACAAUGAACUUGACAGCAUUAAUGGUGUUGAACAGCUAGUGAAUCUGCAGCACCUGGAUGUGGCCUAUAACCUGCUGCUGGAACAUGCCCAGUUGGCACCAUUGACCACUCUGCACUAUUUAAAAAAACUGCAUUUAGAGGGUAACCCAUUAUGGUUCCAUCAAAACCACCGGUCUGCAACCCUUGUACAUGUGUCUCCCAGGGCAGCCUCCUCCAACUUCCUCUUGGAUGGGGAGCCACUCUCUUCCUCAGACCUAAUGCACCUUCCAAGACUUGUGCAAAGUGUGUCACAGUCCAUCCACACUUCUACCUCAGAGAAGACUGCACUGGACCGCAGUGCUCUGGACAGUUCCUGUGCUGCAGACUUCAGCGACAGUCAGUCCCCAGCGGAGAAUGUGUCUGUCAGGCUCCCUCGGAAGAAAAGCAAGGGAAAAGUCAAAGUACGCAGAGCGAGCAUUUCAGAGCCCAGUGACACAGAACAUGAGCCCCGGGUUUUACCUCUCUCUGCUGGCCUGGUCCUACAGCAUCAGAAGGAGAUGAAGCGCUUGGACAGCUUCAGAGAUCGCUUUGGUGUUGACUGGCUGCAGUACAAGAGACACCUGGAGGAGCAUGACCAAGUACCUGUCAUGUGCCGUAGCCGUUCUGCAGAUGAGAUUGCAGGCAGACCUGCUGCAGAGGACUUGCAGAGUGAGAGCUCUGACCCAGAGCAAGGAAAACCCCAGGUAUCCCAGAAAGUAUCCUCUCCUCCUUUGGAUGAUACUGAGAAGGAGGAAGAGCCUGAAGUAGAGCUGGAUGAGCCUGUGGAAGAACAGAGAGGAGAAGAGGAGGCAGAUGAGCUAAUGCUGGGGGAGGAAGAAGAGGAGAAGCCAGAAGUGGACCUUUGCCAGCCAGUGCUGGUGAGCCAAAUAGAAGGUGAAGGGGACCCAGAGCCAGACUGGAUCUUCCUGCGAGUCACAGCUAAGCAUGUGAUUGAGGUGGAACUGAAAGCUGCCAGAGUCCUCCACAAACUGGAGCUGAAAUGCUUACAGAAGGUGGAGACCUCCGAGAUGAACUGGAAGAGGAUGGACCUGGAGCGAGUUUUCCCUGUCAUCACAUUGCACUUCAGCUACAUUCGCAAGGACCGGCAGAAGCGAAAAUAUGUGGUGCUUGACGACUGCCCAGAGCAGUGCCUACAGUGUGUCCUUGAAGUGUUGUCCCCGGCUGUUGAGGAGAAUCGACGAAAUCAGGACCAGGAGAAGGGAACCAUGAAGCUCCAGUGCCUGAAAUGCAAACAGGAGUUUUCACAGUCCCUGGCUCCCUGGCAUCAAGGUUCCUAUCCUUCAGAGGUUGGCGACACCAAAAUCCUGGAAACCCUAGUUGCCUCAAAUCAAGAUGCUGCAGCAGCUGGUGAGCCCAUAGCUGCCUGUCCCAGUUGUUCCAGUGACCAUGUGGUCAUCCUGCCUUCAGAGGUGUGCUCCAGCACACCUGUGCCACCUGGCCCUGAUAGCACGAGUGAGGACCUGUCAGACUCUGUCCUGGAGGGAGGUAGCCAGCAGGAAGGCCCAGAGGAAGCACCUGCCCUGGCCAGUGAGAGUGGGAAGUUCUACAUCGGCGGNGAGGACAGCUCGGAGAUAGAUACCAGCAACAGCACCAGGACCCCGGAGCUGACUGGCGAGCAUGACGGCACUCUCCACUCCAGCUCCCGCAGUUCAGAUGGGGCCUUCGGGAAGAAGGAGCUCAGUAUGAAGAGCCAGUACUUGUCCCUCAGCCACACAGACACCAAUGGGGGCAGCUUGAUGGGGAGCUACUAUUACAGCAUUUCUCGCGGGCCCACUCCUUCCCAGCUCUCUUUGAACUCCGAGUCCGGGGAAACAUGGAAUCUCAGUCCCUCUGUAAAUGGCAUCCCAAACACGAGGGACUUCCGUUCUGUGGAUCAUCGCCUGAAGCUGUACCUGGAUAUGGAGGUUUUUGAGGAGAACGCUGAGGAGUUCCAGUGUUUCCUGAAGGUGGUCAUGGUGAAGUUUGGCCGGCAAGGAGAGUUCCUCUCAAUCCUGGUUGCCUCUGAUCUCAAGAUCUAUGUGCUGGAAGUCACUGGGGUUAUCAGGGGACAACCUGCAGACUGGCUGAAGAAGAAUGACUCUCAUUACCUGUCUGAUAUUUCCCAUCUGGAAGUGGGACUCUGCCACCAGAGCUUGCGAAUGGAGUUUGAGAACCCAAAAGCUUCCUACAAUCUGCUGAUCCGGAACCAAAGCUGCUGUGACCAGUUCCUGCAGACCCUGACAUAUCUCAUGCAAGAGCUGCCUGCUAAGCACAGGAGUAAGGUGAAGGACAUCCCCACCGUGGAAAUGAAUCCACAACAUUGGCUAUGGCCUCUGCUGGACUCCAAGACCAGAGAUUCUGCAGCUGCAAAUGACACUUGUUUCUUCUACCUGCUGGCCUACCUGAUUCAAGAGUAUGGUGCCCAAAACUGGACACAGUUCCAGCUGAGGCCUCACUGCCAAGUAGACAGGACAAAUUAA